UCCCCACCUUCUUCCGGCCUUGCUUAGCCGGGCUUGAAAUUCCCGCCGGGUCAGGCCUGGCCAGAGUUAUGGUGCCCGGCCCACCUCGCCUCUGAGGGGGAGAGAAACAUCCCCAAGCCAUUAUCUGUUUGCUGACCUCAGCGAGCCCCUGGCAGCCAUGUCCACGGGGUUCUCCUUCGGGUCCGGGAUGCUGGGCUCAACCACCUUGACAGCGGGCGGAACCAACACCGGCGGUGGUUUUUCCUUCGGGACCGGGACGUCUAGCAACCCUUCCGUUGGCCUCAGUUUUGGAACUCUUCCUGGAAGCACUACAACUCCAGCAACUACAUCUGCUCCCUCCACUGGUUUUGGAACUGGCCUCUUUGGAACCAAGCCUGCCACUGGUUUCACUCUAGGAGGCACCAGCACAGGAACUGCAGCCACUACAUCUGCAUCUACAACAGGCUUCAGUCUAGGGUUUAAUAAGCCUGCAGCAUCUGCCACACCCUUUACUCUGCCUAUCACUUCUACCUCAGCCAGUGGUCUUACUCUUUCAUCUGCUCUGACAUCAACUCCAGCAGCAUCCACAGGAUUUACUCUAAACAAUUUGGGAGGAACAGCAGCAACAACAACAACUGCAUCAACUGGCCUUUCUUUAGGGGGAACCUUAGCAGGUUUGGGAGGUUCACUUUUCCAGAGUGCAAACACAGCAACAUCAGGGCUUGGACAGAAUGCUUUAAGCUUGACGUUGGGAGCUCCAGCAGCCACUUCAACUACGGGCAAUGAAGGACUUGGUGGUAUAGAUUUUAGUAGCUCAUCAGAUAAAAAGAGUGACAAAACAGGAACAAGACCAGAGGAUAGUAAAGCCCUGAAGGAUGAAAAUCUCCCUCCUGUCAUCUGCCAGGAUGUAGAAAAUCUACAGAAAUUUGUGAAGGAACAAAAACAGGUCCAAGAAGAAAUUAGUAGAAUGUCUUCAAAAGCAAUGCUUAAAGUCCAGGAGGAUAUUAAAGCCCUAAAGCAGCUUCUGUCAUUGGCUGCCAGUGGACUGCAGAGAAACACCCUCAAUAUUGACAAAUUGAAAGUAGAAACUGCUCAGGAAUUAAAGAAUGCUGAAAUAGCUUUAAGAACACAGAAAACACCACCUGGACUUCAACAUGAAAAUACAGCUCCUGCUGAUUAUUUCAGAAUCUUGGUUCAGCAAUUUGAGGUACAGCUUCAGCAGUAUAGACAGCAGAUUGAAGAACUAGAAAACCAUCUUGCCACACAAGCAAAUAAUUCACAUAUAACUCCUCAAGAUUUAUCAAUGGCUAUGCAGAAAAUUUAUCAAACAUUUGUAGCUUUAGCUGCACAACUUCAGUCUAUUCAUGAAAAUGUUAAGGUGCUCAAGGAACAGUACCUUGGCUACCGGAAAAUGUUCUUGGGAGAUGCUGUAGAUGUUUUUGAAGCCAGGCGAACAGAAGCUAAGAAGUGGCAGAAUGCACCCAGAGUUACUACUGGACCCACCCCUUUCAGCACCAUGCCAAAUGCAGCAGCCGUUGCCAUGGCUGCAACACUUACACAGCAGCAACAGCCUGCUACAGGGCCACAGCCAUCUCUGGGAGUUAGUUUUGGAACGCCAUUCGGCUCAGGUAUUGGUACUGGCUUGCAAUCAAGUGGCUUAGGUUCUUCAAACCUCGGAGGAUUUGGAACUAGCUCUGGUUUUGGAUGCAGCACCACAGGGGCCUCCACAUUUGGAUUUGGAGCAACAAAUAAACCCUCAGGAAGUCUUAGUGCAGGCUUUGGCAGUUCAAGUACAUCUGGGUUUAACUUCAGCAAUCCUGGCAUCACGGCAUCAGCUGGUUUGACAUUUGGGGUGUCCAAUCCUGCCUCUGCAGGUUUUGGAACAGGAGGACAACUCCUUCAGUUGAAGAAACCUCCAGCUGGAAACAAAAGAGGAAAAAGAUAAACACGGGUUGAUAUGCUGAGAGAAUCCUUAGCAGGGUUGUUCAUUCUAUGAAUCUAUUUUUCUAAUGAUGCAAUAAUUGGAUUGCAUCCCAGAUUUAUAAAGUUUUGAUAUUUUUCCCUCUCUGGAAUUGGAACUUACUUUGUUUGUCACACUGAACAUCAUCUUUCUUGUAAAUCUUAAAUACAGUUGUAUUUUUUUCAUUGUUUUUAUUCUCCAUGUAAGAAAUGUUCUGAUUACAUUACUGAUUGAUAGUGGUAAAAGAGCCAUUAACCUAAAAUCUAUAAUUUAACCUAGUGUUAAUAGUGGUGUUUGUUGAUAAGGUUUAUAUUAUGUGUAUAUAUGCACAUUGAUUUCUUAUACAGACGGUAUGAACUCUAGGGCCUAUACUAGAAUUAGUUUGUUCCUUGAAAAGGCCUUUUUGAACUACACUGCAGGGCAUCUUGUGAAUAUGUAAGUAAUUAUAUACAGAGUAGUGCACACAAUUGUGUGUGCAUAUAAAAAUAUAAUUACACACAACUUUUGCCUCCGACUGUUCCCCUUUUCUAAGAUUAUUCAAGUUUUCACUUUUAAAGCUUCAAAUCCUCAAUGCUUGUAGAAUGGAUCACUUAGAGUUACUCUGUCGAUUCAGUUUUUUGCAAGACUUUUUCACGCUUAUUGCCAUAUAUAUAUAACCGACUCAACUUCACUGCCCUAAGUUUUCUCCAUUUUUGUCUCAACAUUAGCCUUUAGCAGCUACUCCAAAUGAAGAAUGCUGUAAGACUCAUCCACCAGAUUUCAGCAAACUUUUAUUACCCUGUAUGUCCUCAUGUUACUGCUAGGAGAUCUUGUUUCCUUCUCUUGAGAUGGACUUUUCAGAAGCGUGUUUGAACUCCAGACUGGUGUUCUGGUUCAAAGAGCUAUCAAGCCAAAUUGAAUCUAUGCAGGUGAAGGAUGCACUGUUAGUUACUUCAGCGAGAACUUCUCUAGCUGUUCUAAUACAGAGUUCCUUCUUAGAGGGCUAUUGCUGUUGACACCAAAUAGAAUGGCUUCUCAGCCUUGUGAUGUCUUAAGUGAAUACCUAAUUUGGAACAGAGAAAGUAUUUUAAGAAAGAAAAUUAUUCUUUUUAACAAACUCUUCCCCAGUUACAAUGAACAGAGCUCCAGAUAGCACAUAGCUUGUCAGGUUGCAUCUGUAUAAUAUUUGUCUAUGUUAUUAGUAGUGGUGUUGAGUGCAUGAGAACCCUUGGAAAUGAGAGCCCUUGGAAAGAGAACUGCCUUAGUCGUGAUUCCAGAGAGAAACCAUUAGAUAAACCUGUUUAUCUUAAAGUACAGUUUUCAGAUAGGCUAUAGACACAGAAGUCCAAUGGAAAUACUUUAAUUUCUUACAUGGAAGGUUUGUACAUACUGUGCAUCAGUGAAUAUUUUCAGAAUUGUUUUCCCCAAGAUACCUUUGUUUUUCUAAAAUAGGUAUGGUGUAUAUAAGUAUGCACACACAUAUAUAUUUUUAGUAUAAUGUUAGUUGGGUUUGAUUAUAAAAGUGGUGUCUUUUAUUUCUCUGCUUUUAACAAUGAUUAAUUAAGUUGAUUUUUUUUGCAUCUUUAUGCAUUAAGAUUAGGAAAAUUAUUUGUCUCUGAGCACUCAACUUGUUUUUAUUGUUGUGUAUCUCUAAUAUUGCAGUCCCCAAAUCCAGAUCAGGGGGGAGGUUAGGAACGAGCUGUGAUCUUUGCAUUUUCAAUUACUGUCAGUUACGUACACAGUUAAACGUUUUUUUUUAAGGAUAUUGCAUUGUGUUACAAAAAUAUGAAUAUUUAUAUUUCUUGAUGUUUUUUGUUUAUAUACUUUGCAUUUUCAUAUGUUGAACCACUGGAAAUCUGUAACAGAUUAAUUUGUGAUAGGAGUCUGAGUGUGUUGUUAACUGUCUUGUCUUCACUUUGUCCAGCGCCUAUUAUGGAAACAAUAAAAUCUAUUGUGUCAGUUGCUUUGAAUU